AUGGGUGGGAAGUGCUUCCCGCAAACACUUCUGCGAGGAGGGAUCCACCCGCACGAGGGUCAGCGAGUGGAGAGGUGCGGCGGCUGCCCCAGGGCCGGAGGCGGCCGCCGGGGAGAGAAUCUGGAGCUCGGGCCUGAGAGCCGCCCCGCUCCGGAUGCAGAGACAAUACGCCCGCCAUCCCCCACCACUAAAAGAUCGGAGGAUCUGAGCAACGACGCAGAAAAGGCAAAGCGGCACGCAGAGACCGCACUUUGCGGCUCGGCUUCAAACUACCGUGAAGGGACAGCGGCUUCUGCGGCCCCGCCCCCCUCUCCCUUGGUCCGGGGCCCCGCGAGACAGCGGGAAGAGGUGGGGGCGCCCAGCGCCGGGGCGGGGCGGAGGGGUCGAGUGACGGCCCGCCCCACCUAUUCCGGACCCGGGCUGAGGCGCGCGCCCCUGCCGCGGGUCGCAGCAGCUCGGGCGGCGGAACGAGCGGCGGAGGCCGGCAGCUCAGCUUCGUGGAGGAUCUCGGCGCGCCGCGGCCCGCAGCACCCGGCAAGCGCCCGCUCCGCCGCUAGGAUGCCCAAGAGGAAGGUCAGCUCGGCCGACGGCGCGGGGAAGGAGGAGCCCAAGAGGAGGUCGGCGAGGCUGUCAGCUAAGCCUGCUCCUGCGAAAGUGGAAGCGAAGCCAAAAAAGGCAGCGGGAAAGGAUAAGUCUUCGGACAAAAAAGUGCAACCAAAAGGAAAAAGAGGAGCAAAGGGAAAGCAAGCUGAAAUGGCUAACCAAGAAACUAAAGAUUUACCUGCAGAAAAUGGAGAAACUAAAAAUGAAGAGAGUCCAGCCUCUGAUGAAGCAGGAGAGAAAGAAGCCAAGUCUGAUUAAUCUCAUAUACCAUGUCUUAUCAGUGGUCCCUGUUUCUCCCUUCUUGUACAAUCCAGAGGAAUAUUUUUAUCAACUAUUUUGUAAAUGCAAGUUUUUUAGUAGCUCUAGAAGAAACAUUUUUAAGAAGGAGAUUGAAAUCCCACCUCAU